AUGGCGGUUGAGAGUUCUUCACUACCAGCGAUUAUGGCGGAAGAGGAGAAUCUCGAUCCUAACACCACGAGCCUUAUCCGUAUAGAGAAGUAUGUUCCGGCGAUAAAGGCUAUCUGCGGCGGCGGCGGCGGCGAAGAAGGUCCGUCGAAGGGGAAAGGGAUCAUGUGCGGCGGAAAGAAAUCGAAAUCAACCACCGCAAUCGAGCCUUCGCACUCCUUUCAGAACUCGUGGACAUUCUGGUUCGAUAAUCCAUCGUCGAAAUCGAGUCAAGCCACAUGGGGAAGCUCUUUGAGAUCCUUGUACACUUUCGCUACUAUCGAGGAGUUCUGGAGUCUUUACUUAGGGGUUACUUGUAUCUUCUUAAGUCUUUACAAUAACAUGCAUCCACCAACCAAGUGUGUUCAUGGGGCGGAUAUCUACUGCUUCAAAGAUAAGAUUGAUCCCAAAUGGGAAGAUCCUGUUUGUGCUAAUGGAGGAAAGUGGACUAUGAUGUUCCCUAAGGCUACACUCGAAUCUAGCUGGCUUAACACGUUACUUGCGUUAGUUGGGGAGCAAUUUGAGCAAGGAGAUGUGAUUUGCGGGGCAGUUUUGAAUUUCAGAACGAGAGGGGAUAAGAUCUCUUUAUGGACAAAGAACGCUGCAAACAAGGAUGCUCAGCUAAGCAUUGGGAAGCAGUGGAAGGAACUUCUUGGUUACACAGAAACAAUCGGAUUCAUAUUUCAUGUAAGAGGAUGCAAAGACUCUUGA